AUAAAAGUUACGUGAAUUUCAAAUAAUUUAUUAACAAAGUAUGAAUGAAAAAUUAAUAAUUAUAUACAUUUAAAGGAAAAUUUCUUAAAAUGCAGAAAUUACAAUUAUCAUUGGCAAUAAUAAAGCCACACGCUGUGAAGAAUCCGGUCGCUCUUUCAUAUAUUAGAAACGUUAUUAAAAACAGUUUUAUCGUCGUAAAAACGAGAAGAAUAUGCUUAGAAAAAGAAACUGCAGAAGAUUUCUAUAAGGAACAUAUUCAAAAGUUCUUUUUUAAUCGUUUAGUAACCUUUAUGACCAGUGGUAGUAUUGACUUGCAUAUUAUAAGUCAUACUAAUGCAGUCAAACUUUGGAGGAAAAUGCUUGGUCCCACAAAAGUAUAUAAGGCACAAUUUGAAGAACCGAACUGUUUAAGAGGCAUGUUUGGCAUAUCAGACACAAGAAAUGUUGCUCAUGGUUCUGAUUCCGUAACAUCAGCAGAGAGGGAGAUAAAAUUUUUCUUUCCUGAAUUUUCAUUCUAUGACUGGCACACGCAUGACGAAAUUACAUAUAGAAAAGGACCCAUUAUAUUUAAUCAUCAUCUAUUCCAACAUGUUAGAAAAUUAUAAAUAGAAGUUUAAGUAUUUAGUUAAAUUUUAAAUUAAAAUAUUUAAUAUAUUGGUUACCAUAGUAUUAUACUUUUGUUGCAAUGUAAUAAAUUAAAAUAAUUACAUUUUUUUUAA